GGUUGAAUAAAAGAUGGCUGAACUAGGAAGUCAAUGUAAAUUAUAACCAGAAUAUGAAUUUUAAUCCCUCCUACCACUCGUACAGGAUAUACACUUAAAUGUGAGUUCAGGAACUACAAUAUAAUGGCCACAAGCGAAGAACUUCUCAAGCAAUCAGUUCUAAACACGGAGAGUGAUACGGCAGAUGACAAUGCCGCAAUAGAAAUGACAGAUGAAAAUGACCGUAUUAAAAGAGAAGUUACUGGUGAUAUCAAGGCCAGUGUUGACGAUGACACAAGCAAGGAGAAAAAAGGACAAGCAAACACCGAAGAAAACAAAGAUAUAACAAAUAAGGAUGACAUAAACCAAGACAACACCGACGACACUGAAACAAAUGAAAAUCGGAACCUAAUUGAGGAUGAGAAACUGGGUACAGACUUGAAAGAACCUGUAAGUUCAUCCAAUGUCAGAAACAAUGAUUUUGACAGCAAUGAUACAAUAAACGAUGCCAACACGAUUGAUGCAACAAAUAAUGCAAAUGUUGGUUCCAUGAAGGAUGAUAAUAGACCUAUAAGCGCAUCUAACACAGAGGAAAGGGAGCUCGGUAUUUAUGUGGAUAACACUGUAGCAGAAGACUUAAAUACAGAUGAUGAAGGUAUUGAUAUAAGAAACGAUACCACAUUUGAGGGAAGUGGAAGCGGCAGUAAUAAACACAAGGACAAUGAAAACAUAAAAGCUAAAGAUGACUGCACAGAAAAAGACGAUUCAAAUAAUGUUGGUUUCAAUGCUAAAGAAAAUGAUUUAAAUAAAGACGAUCAACCACUGAACCAUGUUAACAUGAAAACGGACAACUGUGAACAGUGUGAAGAAUGUAAGAAGGAAAAACAGGCCAAGAGUUUGGGUCAACUUGACCAGCAUGAUUCUAACACUAAACCCCUUUGUGCAGAGGAGUUUGAUCCUGCAGACCACGUGCGAAAUACAUUGGACCCAGAUGACAUCCAAAGCAACCACAACCCUGUGCACAUUAGUCUGACUGAUAUAGAACACAUGGCAGGUCUCAGGGGCAAGACUAACACUCCUGCCAGUUACUACACAGAGUGGACAGAAUUAAAAGGAUCCAGACCUGGUUCGCGAUUAGCUCCUGUCUCAAAGGAUGCAAUGUACAAAGAGGCCAUGUCCCUCAUCUCCGCUAGGUGCACAAGUACUCAACAAGGCCAAGGUGCAAACAGGGACACCCCCUUGAUAUCCCUCAAAGAGCCUCCCUUUGGUUAUAGGAUACCGCAGUACUUCUACGUGCAACAAAAGACACCCAUACCAUUGAAGCCCCUGAAGGCAUGGAGGGGAUAUCAUGGCAACGUGUACUUUGAACCAAUCUUGGUACAACCAGCAAAUAUAGACGAACCAACUCAUAUAGACAAGUCCAAAACUGAACCUCAAUACAGUGACAGUUUAGCUAAGAUCCUAUCACGUGGAAAGAAAGGACGUCCUACCAGACCGAGAACGACAAAGUCAGAACCAGCUGAUUCUACCCCUCUAGUUAUGAACUCCAGAAGUAAAAGUGCGAUUAGUGCACCGACGAGAACAUAUGUAUACGGGCAUAGCAGGCCAGGUACACGACAGAUGGUGGUUUUGGACAAAAAAUCAGUUCUCAAUAGAGAGAAUGUUGAGAUACAAGAGGACUUAAGGUGUGUGCUAGGCCAAGAAGCAACCGGAACGCUGGCUCUAGAACCCAAACACGGUCGUUCUAGUAACCCACAACAGGCUAGAUUAAAUCGGACAAAAAUCUACAAAGGUUCAAUGGUGUCAAGAACAGCCAAGGGUAAUCUCAACCGCCCUCUUUUGGCUGUUAGUGGAGAUAGAUAUAAUGUCCCCAUGUCUUCACCCCCGAUAUUAAGGGCGCAAACUCAGUACUCCCAAAGUAACUUACGUAUAGGAAUGAGCACCCCUGAUAUGUCUACACCGACACGAACAUUUAGCGUGGAGAACCGUCUUCCACCUUUAGAGGAGCUGAGAGUGAAUCUAAGAAACAUGAACUACAGUCCUAGUAGUGAGGAACUCCACUAUAUCAUGUCUACUUUAGAGAAGAACAAACACAUAAAAAACAACACAACUUCUUAUAUAAGAUUCGAGAAUGCUAAACCUGAUGUCUAUGAGGCACACUUGGCAAAGUAUCAAGGCAAUAUGACCGGUCAUAAGAAAAAUGGACGUGCGUGAAACAACGUCUUGGUUCACUAAAAUAAUAAUAAUACAAAAAGAAGUUAUAUAAAACGUUUUAUGUUCUUUUUAUAUUUCAGUUUCUUCGAAUUUUGUUAUCACGACAUACAUCAAUCUUCCCUGGUGGGAUUUGCUAUUCUCCAUGGAGUGCAUAAAGUGGCUGUUUUCUAGUUUCCAAAGAACGCUCCAUCUGAAUGACAUGUUCUAUCCCAUUUCCGGGCGUAAGAUUUUGUAAUAAUACGUGAAUGCACUUAAUUCACCGAACUUUACAAAAUCAAAGGAAAAUGGCAAUGUUCAAUGCAUUAAAUUCCUAUGCGUUUCGAUCGGCAUUUCUUCCUUUUAGUUUAAGGUAAUUACAUAAAUCUUGCAUUAUCAUAUACAUAAACACAUUCAUUAACUUAAUUGUGUUCAUGUAUAUAUCAAUCAAAGUAAAAUCAACAUGUAAUUACAUUCCAUUUCAUGUUUUCGUUCAACAAGCAGAUUUCAAUCCUAAAUGUUUUUUGCCUCGAUCCCGAGCUACGCUCGUGUAUCUGUGAUUUUAUCUUUUGGCGAGGCAAGUACUUCACUUAACUCAUGCCUGGCUACGGUCUUGUAUCUCUGUAUAUCGGUCAUGUGAACUCCUUAACAGUGAAGAUGACACAAUUCUACGAGUUCUCCUUGGAGAACGCUCUGAUAUGUUGCAUUACAAUCGCAACAUACAUUAAUAGAAUGAUGUACAAAUUCGUCACCAACGCGCGUUGAACAUAAUACUUCAUCUGGAAGUACAAAUCAUAUGUUUUGAGGAAAGUCACAUAUUUAUAUAUGGUAUAAUAGUCUUCUUUUCCUAUUUUAUUUUGAUAUAUUAAUGUAACUUACUGUCAUAGUAAUUGACGUAAAUCUUCAUUUUGAAGGAAACAAAGCAAAUACAAUACAAUACAUUGUAGAGGGCAUGUCAUUCAAGCUACUAAUAUAACAUGAGUUGUAAUUCAAUCUGAUAUCAUUACGUUUAAUCAAAUCAACAUUAACAUAUAAUGAUAUACUGUAUGCAAUAAAUGACUAUUUCAAAAAAAAGUGCCAUGCCCAAUUUCUGCUAAAAUAAAUGACACCUUCAUUAAUAUCUCAGCUGUUUUUUCAUGUUUGUGUAUCACUUAAAUUAACAUAAAAAUAUUACUCUGUGCCAGUCGUUUGUUUUAAUAGUUUACUAGAAAGAAUUUAUUAAAAAUAAAUGUUUUUUCUACUAAUCGACAAAAUAUAUUAUUUCACUUGUUUUUACCAAGAUUAAUUUUGAUUUUUCUUGCCUACAUUCGUUGG